UUCCAUGCAUGAAAACGCACAUGUUAGCUAUGCGAUGAGGGUUGGAAAAAAGAUUGCAUGGUUGUGAAUCAUUAGAGAAAUGGCAUGACAGUGAAUAAUGUGCGGUGUAGCACAGAAAUAACAGUGUAUUUAGGUUAGAUACAUUUAUCAAGACAUUUUAAUAGAUUUAAAGGACUUGGUGCUCAUGAGAAGCUGAUUCGCGCUGGGUUGGAAUUCUGCUUGGGAAACUUGCUAGCUUGUUUGCUAUACAGUAGCUAAUUGAUUAGCCACAUCGCUGUCAGCAUCGCCUCUGUAUUCCUGUUGGAAUUGGCUGACUUUGCUGUGUGACCGGAUUUCGCCAUGAGUUCCAGAGUGUGUAAGAACUGUGGGGGCACAGACAUUGAUGUGGACCAGGCCAGGGGCGAUGCUGUGUGCAUGGGCUGUGGUUCUGUCCUGGAGGACAACAUCAUUGUGUCCGAGGUCCAGUUCAUGGAGACAGGAGGGGGAGGAUCGUCAGCUGUGGGACAGUUUGUAGCUGGAGACGCUUCUGGAAGGAAUCCCACUUUUGGAGAAGGGUUCUAUACAGGUGUUGGAAGAGAAUCCCGUGCCCAGACGCUGCAAAAUGGGAGACGUCAGAUCAACACACUGGGCCACCAGCUGCAGCUCAACCAGCACUGCUUGGACACAGCCUUCAACUUCUACAAGAUGGCCAUGUGUAAAAACCUGACGCGGGGUCGAAAGGUGGUCCACGUGUUGGCCGCGUGUCUCUACCUGGUGUGCAGGACGGAGGGGACGCCGCACAUGCUGCUGGACCUCAGUGACCUCUUGCAGGUAAAUGUAUAUGUCCUGGGUAAAACCUUCCUGACCCUGGCCAGAGAACUCUGCAUCAACGCUCCAGCCAUAGAUCCCUGCCUGUACAUCCCACGCUUUGCCCACAUGCUGGAAUUUGGUGAGAAGAACCAUGAAGUGUCCAUGACAGCACUGAGACUACUGCAGCGAAUGAAGAGGGACUGGAUGCACACAGGACGAAGGCCCUCAGGACUUUGUGGCGCAGCCCUGUUGGUUGCUGCUCGCAUGCAUGAGUUCCGACGUACCAUAAAAGAAAUCAUCAGUGUAGUGAAGGUGUGCGAGGCCACACUUAGAAAAAGAUUGAAUGAAUUUGAGGACACGCCCACCAGUCAGCUGACGAUUGAGGAGUUCAUGAGGGUGGAUCUUGACCAAGAGUGUGACCCUCCCUCUUUUACUGACGGACAGAGGAAGAAAAGAUUGAAGCUGCUCGAGGAAGAAUUGGAGAAGAAGAUAGGUGAAGUUCAAGGCGAAAUCCAUGAGUACCAGGACGAGAUUGAGAUGGAACUGGAGCAGAGCCGGCCCAAGUUGAGAGGGAUUUACGCCUCCUAUGCAAAAACCGGCCCUCAGGAGGAAGAUAUUGAUGAUGAUGAUGAUGAUGAUGAUGUAUCUCUUCCUGAUUGGGAGGAGCGGGAAGAAGAAGAGCUGAAGGAUGUGGCUGAGCACCUAAACCGGGACCUAUGUGACCAGCUUAUUUCUGGAGAGGAGGAGGAAAGAGAGGGGAAGGAGGAGAGACCACCUCGCCGAGGCCCAUCUCUGGCCUCCCUUCUAGGGCCCAUGCCCACUGCAGCCAGCCUGGGCUUACCAGAGUCCAUCAGCAAGUGUAUUGGAGAGGAGAAGGAGAACGAUGGAGACACUGAAAAUGGAGAGCUGGAUCUGAAUGGUAUUGAUGAUGAUGAGAUUGAACUGUAUAUCCUGAAUGAUAAAGAGGUGAAAGUCAAGACUGAACUUUGGUUGAAACAGAACGAAGACUACUUAAAAGAGCAGAAAGAAAAGCAAGAGAGGAUAGCAAAAGAGAAGGAACUGGGGAUUUACAAGGAGAGGAAGCCCAAGAUCUCAGGCUCCAAGAAGCGGGCUCCGAUCCACGCCAGCACGGCUGACGAAGCGAUAGAGAAGAUGCUGGAGCAGAAGAAGAUAUCCACUAAGAUUAACUAUGACAUCCUGAAGGAGCUGAAUGUCAAGCCCAGCACCAGUCCAGCCCCACAGACUGCUGAAUCCCUAAAAGGAGCCACACCUGGAGCCCAGAGGCUGACUGGGCGAUACCGCAAGCCCGCCAAUGUCCCUCUGAGUCUGGGGACACCUCUCAGCACCUUAGGCAAGAGGUUACAGCCUUUCAUAUCAGCACAACCCGCUAAGAAGCUGGCUCUGGACCAGAUAGCCAACCCGCUGCCAGUGGCCUCCGAGGUGCAGCCUCACUCUGUGCUUGUAGAGAGCGGACCUGUCGUCUACGAGGAUGUGGGGGAUGAGGAAGAGGACGACGAAGAGGAGCCCUGCGUCAGUGCCAUGCAGCUUUUGGGAGGCAACGAGUAUGGGUGUGACGACGAUGAUGGAUUUUAGCAUUUUGGGUUUGGCCUGUUUCUUUGGACUCCGUAUCACACCUCCCCCCCUCUGUCCAUGUUGUGGAGAGCGAUUCAUUGCUGGAGACUGAGGAGUCAACAGAGGUGUCAUGCUGUCAGAACGGUGAAGAAGGGCUUGAUAGAGGUGAUCACAACGGGACAUUUUAUUAUAGGGUGUCUUCUGUAACUCAACACAAAGUUAGUUUUCAACUGUAUCGAGCAAAGGGAGGCUAACCAUGUCUCCUAUUCUACAUAUUCUACGUCAUUCAAGUAUAUGUGCUCUUAGCCUGGUAACCCUUGCUCAUUGUAUCUCUGUAAUCACUUGAGUCAAGUGCACUAUGUAAUGGGGAUGUUUUAUAAUCUUCUGUCCGUUAAUUAUGUGGUAAGUCCAGUCAGUAUUACAUAACUACAAAGAAAGAAAGAAAAGCUGCUGUGUGCCAAGUUUUCUUCUGAAGCCAAAGUAUUUCUAUAAUUUUGCCUUGAAUAUGCAAAACAAUGUGGAAUCCAAUGGAGUUUUUCCAGUUGAAGCAAUCAUUUUUUUUGGAGUAAUUUGCUGAAUGCAACAUCAACAUUAAGACCUGUGUUAUAGGAUUAUGUUGACUUUUUUUUUUUUUUUUUUUUAUAAAUCUUUUAUUUAUUUCAUUAUGAAUGACAAAUCAUUGUGGAAUGAUUUGUCAUUGAUAUAGUUAUGGAGAUACAAUUUGCAAACAAAGUUAAUGAUUUUAUUUUGCAAACAAUGGUUUAUUUUGUAAAUUCACAAUUUUAUUUAGUGGGGUAGCUGGUGACUGGUUCAUUCUGUUCACACAACUGUACUGAAGGAGUUGAGAAAAUGGCUAACAACCCUUGCUGCUACUGUAUAUAAGUGAAUGUAUUAAAACCUUUGUUUGCAUUGCCUUAGUAAAAGACAUACUAACAGGAAA